GAUGGUUUGUUUAGUUUUGUUAGUAGCUACAAGAUGGCGGCACCCAUCGAAUCGCACCGCUUUGCUUCCUUGGAAAUAUAACUCUACAACACAGAAAAUUAAAGCGUCAAUUUUUGAAGAGAUUAGUACAACAACAACAAAAAAUAAUAUUAAUUGUGUGUCAAGAGUUCCACAAUUUUGAUGGCUGUACAUUUUCAUGUUGUUUCCGGAUCUACGUUUCAUAGUUUUCUUCUCGGCGUCUUGUUUGCUAAAAUGGCGGCUCCCAUAGAUGGUUUUUUUUGUGCUUCUUCUUGGCUAAAUAAACUUGCGAGCUAGCAACCACAACCUGGACAUAUUUAUAUCUCUAUACAAUUAUAUACAAGUGGUCUUGAACUGGGAACAACGUAUACAAAAUCUCGAUACUAUAUUUUGUGUUUGAGUACAGUAUUUUAGUAGGACGCGAGGUUUUUUAAAAUCCUUUAACGUUUAAACGUUACCGUAGCCAGCUACUGUUAGCUUGUUGUCAGUUACCGUAGCUGGCUAGUCCUAACGGAUGCUAGCUAACUCGUUAGCUUAGCAUUAUUAUACAUUUAGACAUUUUAGCUAUAUUGGAAAGCUUUUCAAGUUGGAUUUUUUUUUCUAACUUCCUUCUCAAAGAGAAACUGAAUCUACCGGCACCAUGACAUCAGGGACCUCUGGCUCAGUUCUGCAGCCACGGUGGAAGCGGGUGUUGGGUUGGUCCGGCCCUGUCCCUCGGCCCCGACACGGACAUCGUGCAGUUGCAAUUAAAGAAUUGAUGGUCGUUUUCGGGGGUGGCAAUGAAGGAAUUGUGGAUGAACUGCAUGUGUAUAACACAGCCACCAAUCAGUGGUUCAUUCCUGCUGUCCGUGGCGACAUCCCGCCUGGCUGUGCUGCGUAUGGGUUCGUGUGCGAUGGCACCAGGCUGCUGGUGUUUGGAGGGAUGGUGGAGUAUGGCAAAUACAGCAACGAUCUGUAUGAACUGCAGGCCAGUCGCUGGGAGUGGAAGCGUCUGAAGCCCAAGUCUCCUAAGAACGGCCCUCCUCCCUGUCCCCGCCUGGGACACAGCUUCUCCCUGGUAGGGAACAAAUGCUUCCUGUUCGGAGGACUGGCUAACGACAGUGAGGACCCCAAGAACAACAUCCCCAGAUACCUGAACGAUCUGUAUACGUUGGAGCUGCGUGCCGGCUCUAGUGUGGUGGGCUGGGACAUCCCCAUCACCUACGGGGUGUUGCCCCCGCCCAGAGAGAGCCACACCGCCGUCGUCUACACAGAGAAGACCUCUAGCAAGUCCCGUCUGGUCAUCUAUGGGGGUAUGAGCGGCUGUCGACUGGGGGAUUUGUGGACACUAGAUAUAGACACCCUGACAUGGAAUAAACCGUCCAUCAACGGGACAGCUCCUCUUCCCCGCAGUCUCCACUCUGCCACAACCAUCACCAACAAGAUGUUCGUGUUCGGAGGCUGGGUUCCCCUGGUGAUGGAUGACGUCAAAGUAGCGACACACGAGAAGGAGUGGAAGUGCACCAACACACUGGCCUGUCUCAACCUAGACUCGAUGGCGUGGGAGUCGGUGCUGAUGGAUUCUCUAGAAGAUAACAUCCCCAGGGCCAGGGCCGGUCACUGCUCCGUGGCCAUCAACUCGCGCCUCUACGUCUGGAGCGGACGGGACGGAUACCGCAAGGCCUGGAACAACCAGGUGUGCUGUAAGGACCUCUGGUACCUGGAGACAGAGAAGCCCCGCCCCCCGUCACGGGUGCAGCUGGUGAGGGCCAACACCAGUAGCCUGGAGGUGAGCUGGGGCGCGGUACCUACUGCAGACACCUACCUGUUACAGCUGCAGAAGUACGAUAUCCCCCCCGCCUCGGCCGCCACCACGCCCGGCGUCAGCCCCGCGACGUCACUACCGGUCAACUCCCCCAAGAGCCCUGUCACAGCCUCUGCAGCGUCCCCCCAGGGCCUGCCUCUCCAGGGCAUAACGCUGGUCCCCUCCCCCACCACCACAAUGCCUGGGAGUCCACUGGCUGCAGCGAAUGCACGCGGGCCAGCUAUCCUGAAGGUGUCUGCUCCCCAUUCCACCACAGGCACCUCCAUCGUCACGGUGAGGCAGGCCAACCAGGGCGGGAAAUCUCCCGUAACGGUGACGUCACUUCCUGCCGGGGUCCGCAUGGUGGUGCCGGCCCAGGGUGCACAGGGAACGCCAAUGGGCAGCAGCCCUCAGAUGAGUGGCAUGGCAGCGUUGGCUGCAGCGGCUGCUGCCACACAGAAGAUCCCGCCCUCCACGGCCACCAUGCAGCUUCCAGCUGGUGCUACUAUGGUCAAGACCGUGGCCAUGAGCCCCGGUUCACAGACUGUCAAAGUAGCCUCGCCUGUUAUGGUUAGUAACCCAGCAACCCGCAUGCUGAAGACUGCUGCGGCUCAGGUGGGCACGUCAGGUGUUGUCACACCCGGAACGCCUUCUCGCCCUAUCAUCACCGUGCACAAGUCUGGCACGGUGACGGUUGCCCAGCAACACCAGGUGGUUACCACGGUAGUGGGAGGAGUCACCAAGACAAUCACCCUUGUCAAGAGCCCCCUUACUAUGGGGGGAGGUGGAACACUGCUGACCGCGGCCAACCAGGGUCAAAACAAAGUGAUGUCUGGGAAGGACGUGCAGCAUUGGCUGUCUAACCUGUCCAACCUGGGGAAGGUGAUGUCCGUGGUCCAGACCAAGCCUGGUCAGACAGGAGCGGUGACUGGACAGGCUGGCUCCAGCCUCCAGCAUAUCAUACAGACGAAAGGUCCCCUCCCGGCGGGCACCAUCCUGAAGCUGGUGACCUCAGCGGACGGCAAGCCCACCACCAUCAUCACUACGUCCCAGGCCGGGACCGCGGGGGGCAAGCCCACCAUCCUAUCCUACAGCGGCAUGCCCACCACCACCAAGCCUGGCACGCACAUCAUCAAGACCAUACCUAUGUCUGCCAUCGGACAAGCAGGAGUGACAGGAAGUGGUAUGAAGUCCCCCAUUACCAUUAUCACCACUAAGAUGAUGACACCAGGCACCGGGACACCAGGCAAGAUCAUCAGCGCAAUGCCCAGAGCUGGGGCUGGUCAGCAGGGACUCACACAGGUGGUGCUGAAGGGUGCCCCAGGACAGCCCGGGACUAUUUUACGGACCGUCCCCAUGGGAGGUGUACGUCUCGUCUCCCCGGUAACUGUUUCCGGUGUCAAACCUAACGUCACCACCCUUGUUGUCAAGGGAACCACAGGUGUGACAACGUUUGGUACGGUGACUGGUACAGUGUCUUCGAGCCUGGCGGGAGGAAGUGUUGCCACGGCUACUCCCAUCACCACCUUGGGCACCAUGACCAGUCUGCCUGGACAGGUCACCGUCUCCGCAGCUCAGGCGGGAGCUCAGCCCACUCAGGUGACCCUGAUCACGACCCCCAGUGGUGUGGAUGCUCAGCCUGUCCACGACCUCCCGGUCUCCAUCCUGUCCUCCCCCACCUCCGCCGACCCCUCGUCCACCCAGCCCGAGGCAGGCGACCCAGGAACGGUAACCCUGGUCUGCUCAAACCCCCCCUGCGAGACCCACGAGACCGGCACUACUAAUACAGCUACCACGGCCUCCGCUAACAUGACUGGUAAUGGUGGGGUGGAGAGGGUGUGUUCAAACCCGCCGUGCGAAACCCACGAGACCGGCACCACCAACACUCAAACGACAGCGUCCUCCAACAUGGGCCAGGUGCAGCAGGUGUGCACCAACCCGCCAUCAGAGACCCACGAUACAGGUACCACCAACACCCAGACCACCGCCAGCUGUAACAUGGGAUCCAACCAGCAACAACAAGGCUCCAGCGUAACCAACAACACCAGCGGGUCUGAUCCCCCGUCCUCUCCGCCCCCCUCCUCCUCCUCCUCCGGAGACCUCUCCCCCUCGUCUCUUUCUGGUACCAGCUCUGUGCCCGGGGUGCUACGACCGGAGACUCUGAGAACAGGGACCACCUACACCUCGACCACCGCACGCUCUAACAUGGGCUCUGACAAGAUGGGCAUGACGCUCAGCUCCUCGUCCUCAGAUAACCAGAGCAAGUCAUCCAGCGGAGGAGGAGGAGGAGGAGGAGGAGGAUCCCCCCUCACCUCUCCUGUCUGCUCCAGUCCACCUUGUGAAACGCACCAGACUGGCCCCACUGAGGCCGGAGCUGAGGGCAGAAGCGCCACACAGGUCUGCUCCAAUCCACCUUGUGAAACACACGAGACUGGCACUACCACUACGUCGACGCAGGACAACUCCAGUAUGGGCAUCGGGCAGACUACAGGGACAGUGCCAAAGGUGUGUUCCAAUCCUCCGUGUGAAACACAUGAAACAGGGACGACCAACACCCCGUCUCAGACUACGUCCAACCUGACAGGAACGGGGACAGGAACGGGGACAGGGACGGGCACGGUCCAGAGAGUGUGUUCCAAUCCGCCGUGUGAGACGCACGAAACAGGAACCACCAACACCCCGUCUCAGACUACGUCCAACCUGGCGGGGACGGGCACGGUCCAGAGAGUGUGUUCCAAUCCGCCGUGUGAGACGCACGAGACCGGCACCACCAACACGGCUACUACAGCCCAGCCUGGUGACUCGACACAGGGAGACAACGGAACUACAGAGGCUCCCUCGUCGUCCUCGGUAACCACCGAGUCCAGCGCCGUGGUGGCGGCUGGCCGAGCAGUUACCACGGUUACCCAGUCCACACCCACACCUGGACCCUCCGUACCUGAGAUUUCGUCGAUGUCUGGGUCGUCUGAGGCGAUGGUGGCGGCAUGUAUAGAGGGAGAGGAGGCCAUGCAGACGGACUGUCUCCCAGAGGGCACAGUGAGGGUCGUGACCCUGGAAGAGGCUGCUGCAGCUGGGAUACAGGUCCAUGUGGAGGGCAUGGAGGAACAGAACCAGGGGGAGCAGGAGGGCCUGCCUGCGGAGCUGAUGUCUGAAGGUGACGCAGGGGGCCAGCAGACCCUGAUGGUGACGGGUUUAACCCCCGAGGAGCUGGCUGUUACCGCUGCAGCCGAGGAGGCAGCACAGCACGCUGCUACUGAGGAGGCUAAUGCCCAGGCCAUGGCCAUACAGGCUGUCCUGCAGGCCGCACAGCACGCUGUCAUGAAUGAAGGAGACAGUGGCCAGGAGGGCCAGCACCAAACCACCACCAUCCCCAUUGUGUUGACUCAGGCUGAGCUGGCAGCCCUGGUACAUCAACAACAACAGCUGCAGGAAGCCCAGGCUCUGGCCCAGGCGGCGGCGGCGGCGGCAGCAGCACAGCACAACCAGCCCACAGAGGGCCUGGCCCCAGCAGACAGCCUGAACGACCCGGCGUCAGAGAGUAACGGCCAGGAGCUGGCUGCAGCAGUGACCCAGGCGGUGGCCCGGCUAGCCCCAACCUGCACCAUGGUGGUGACAACCCCGGCUAAGACUCAGCCCAUGAUGGUGGCAACCCCUGCUAAGACUCAGCCCAUGAUGGUGGCAACCCCGGCUAAGACUCAGCCCAUGAUGGUGGUAACCCCGGCUAAGACUCAGCCCAUGAUGGUGGCAACCCCUGCUAAGACUCAGCCCAUGAUGGUGGCAACCCCUGCUAAGACUCAGCCCAUGAUGGUGGCAACCCCUGCUAAGACUCAGCCCAUGAUGGUGGCAACCCCUGCUAAAACUCAGCCCAUGAUGGUGGCCAGUCCGGCUAAGAUGCAGGCAGCUGCGACCCUGGCAGAGGUGGCUAACGGCAUAGAGUCUGCUGCAGGGAGACAAGGAGCUCCUCCUGCGGUGGCCAAAGCCCCGGUGAAGAAAGACAACCAGUGGUUUGAUGUUGGCAUCGUCAAGGUGACCAACACCGUGGUCACACACUACUACUUGCCCGCUGACGACCAAGCCACUGUCGAUGAUGACUCUGGGGCGAUCCCAGACUACAGUCAAAUGAAGAAGAUGGAUCUCCAGCCUGGGACGGCCUAUAAAUUCAGAGUGGCCGGGAUCAACACCUGCGGUCGGGGGAACUUCUCAGAGGUCUCGGCCUUCAAGACGUGUCUACCAGGCUUCCCCGGAGCUCCCUGUGCUAUCAAGAUCAGCAAGAGCCCAGACGGCGCCCACCUGACCUGGGAGCCUCCGUCGGUCACAUCUGGUAAGAUCAUUGAGUACUCGGUGUACCUGGCCAUCCAGAGCGCCCAGAGCGGGGAGCAGGCCAAGCCCACCACCACCACCACCCCAGCCCAGCUGGCUUUCAUGCGAGUGUUCUGUGGGCCCAACCCUUCCUGCCUGGUGCAGUCGUCCAGCCUCUCCAACGCACACAUAGACUACACCACCAAGCCUGCCAUCAUCUUCCGCAUCGCAGCCCGCAACGAGAAAGGUUACGGCCCUGCCACGCAGGUCAGGUGGCUCCAAGAGAUGGGUAAAGAUGGCGUUGCAGCUAAACCAACUGCUAAGAGACCAGGCUCCUCACCUGACAUGAAAGCUGCCGGUCCAAAGAAGGCCAGAUCAGACCAGUAAAGGGAGUUUCCUUCUCCUCCUCCCCUUGUUGUCCACGAUGACUAUUACUGAACUGAAUACAACACCCCUCACCAACUACCUACGAUAUCCUUGCCUCAACCUCAGCCCCACAAACCUGGACUCAGACCGGCCCACAAACCUGGACCCAGACCGGCCCACAAACCUGGACCCAGACCGGUCGCCCCUCCCCCCCCCCCCAAACCACCCAUCAUUCACAAAAUGGCGGCAAGAAAAACCCAGAUGAAAUUAAUCCCAGAGCCCUGCCCUCGUCACUCGAGGUUGUGGUGCCCACGGACACCUUGUUUCCAACCUCCUGUUCUCUCUAUUGGUUUAUUACUGAUCUUCUGUUAAAAUGGUUGAAAGCACACAAUUACAUUUUUCUUGGCUUUUUUAUUUUAUUUUUAAUUUUUAAUGAUUUUCGGUGAAAUCAACAAACAAACAAAAUACUAUAAAAAAAACAACACUGUGGAGUUUUAACUGUAGUUGCUAGCUAGUUCUUUUCGUCUCUGUCCCAUGCUUUUUCUCCAUCACGGUUUAUCAACACAAGUCAUUACACAGCACAAAUAGCUGUUUAUGUCCGAUGUCAUUUGCGCUUCGGGUCGAUUGGUCACAUGUAGAAGGAUCAGACGGUUGCUAUGGAAGAACACAGCGUCAUCACGUUGUCAUGGGGACAAAAAACACACCGAUAUUGGAAAACAGACAGCACUUGGUGAGGACAGAGUGUUUCUCCAUUGAAGGGGAGUCGUCGUCGUCGUCAUCAUCAUCAUCAUCAACCGAUUUAAGACUUCAUAUUUGUCCCGGCUUUGUGACAUCACUGUGUUCGCCCGCGCCACAAGGGAGUAAAAAAAAAGAACGAGAGUUUCACUCAAGUAAAGAAAAGGAAGUAGUAGGUUUAGGAUUCUAAUUCUCUAGUCUGUUUCCUUUCGUUGGAGGGUGUGUGGACACUGGCUGACUGCCAACCAGGGUGAAAAGUACAAUGUUAUUUUUUUUUUUUUACAGCCUUUAUUCGCCAGGUAAUGUGCCACUUAUUUCAGAAUUGGUGGUCUAAUGAGCCGGUAAAUAAGGACUUUUUGUUACUUGCUCUGCUGCGGAAGAUGAAAGAACAGAAACGAAAGAUUUGACUGAACGAAAGAGGCGAGUGAAUGUUUUUUUUUGUUUGGUUUAUACUUUCAAUAAUAAAAAAUAAAAAAAUGUAAUUAAAGGAAUUGAUUCGCAGAGAGAAAAGCUCCUCGUCGUCUCAACCUGUCGAUAGUCCACGGAAUCCAUUUGUUGACAUCUAUGGAAUUUAGAAGGUUCUUUUUGUUCCAAACCUUGUUUUUUUAGAGUUCUGAGAAUUAACUGGGAUAUUUUCUGCCCCCCCCCCCCCCUCCAAAUGCGGACAAACUGUUGAUAUUGAUAACCAUUCUCAUUACUUUUGGUGUAUUGUUGUUGUUGUUAUUAUUAUUUGCUUUACAUAUGUUUAGGUAUGCAAGUGUGUGUGAUGUUUUCCAUGUAGUUGACAUGUAUUUUUGAAACGGAGCAUUUUAUUUACCGAGAGGUGGGAAAUGUUCGUUAUGAAGAAUGAUUGAAUGGUGCAGCAGCAAACAGGGUUUGAGCUCAGUUGUAAAUUAGUUCCUUCCUUCACGUAGCAAGUAAAGUUGAAAAAAAAUAAAAUACAAAAUAAAAAAUAAUCUCUUUUUUAUAUAAUUAUCUGUAACAAAAAAAAUGUUUUUACAGGUUUGUCAUCUUGGUUGCUUUAUGUCUUGAUAUAUAUAUAUAUAUAAAAAAACAACUAAAAAAAUCUGAAAAUGUCUUGUCUCCCUGCUCAGUAAUGUCUUGUCUCCCUGCUCAGUAAUGUCUUGUCACCAGUGGAGGAAAAAAGUACCCAAUUCUCAUACUUGCGUAAAAAGUAAGGAUACCUUUAUAGAAAAUGACUCGAGUGAAAGUUACCCAAUAAAAUACUACUUGAGUAAAGGUUUAAAAA